AUUUCCAGCAUGCAAGUGCCAGAAGCAAUCACAAAUCCACCACCAAAACCACCGCAGAAGAAUCGUCCGAAGCAACCGGAGUCACGGGUGCAACUGAUCGGUCCAAAUGUGUGGAAAAGCGUUUUUCCGUUGAAUCGCCGACGCCGACGCUGCCGCCACCGCCACCACCUCCAUCCAACAUGCUGGUGCACCACAAACAACAACAACAACAGCCCCAGGAGCAGGAACCGGGAGGAAUUUCUCACGCAGCGAACGGUGGUGCCAGUGGGGACGAUGCCGAAGGAAUGAAUUCGAAUCGGGCGAAAAGAUUCGCCGCUGCCAUCAUCAAUUGCGUGGGCGACAGUCGGGGGAGCGAUUCCGGCAAGGUGUUGGGGAAAAUAGUCCAGAAGGGCGUUGAUUUGGAGAUUAGUGGUGGAAAUCGGUUUAACGAGGAAACCAGCUCGCAGGCACAUUUCAUAGCGGCCUCGACCAGGUUCAGGAGCAAGGAUGCGGUUGAAGCAUCGAAUGUACGACAGUGCUUACUCGAGGACCGGAAACAUGGAACCACCCACAAUCUUCCGCACCAGCAAAAAGUCAACUACUCACACAAUUUGCAAUACCUCGAGAUAGUGUCGCCGCCGGACGAGCAGAUCACCCUACCACAGGCCGGUCCGAUCGGGCAAAAUCUUCCGGUAGUUCAAUCCCACCUUGAUCUCGCCACGGAGGUUGCCAAUCGACAACGCAAGCAACGGCGCCAGGAGCUGUACGCGCAAUUGAAAAAGCAAGUGUGCCGCGAUCGCAUCCAAGCCGUACGCCGGAUGUCCCAAAAUGCGGUCUACGUGAAUGACAAUUUCGAACGACCCUGGCAGACGGUUUCGCGGAUAUCCGAUCAGCUGGUUGAGGAGCUGAUGCUCGAAACAGCCGAACAGGGGUUGGACUUUGGGGAGGAAUCGUUCGUGGAGGAGUUUUUGCGACUGCAGCUGGAUGGAUAGGGUUAGAAAGGUUUAGAUUGACGGGCAGUUGUUGAAUUAGAUGUGUAUUUUGAUGUUUGUUUUUGUUUUACUAGUCUUCAGAAAGAUUGAAUAAAACUGAAUUUCUAGAUCAGUAGUUAGAAUAGUAGCGGUAGUAGCAGAUGCGUUUUGUUUUAUUUCUUAAUUCAUAUUAUCAUAAUAAAAUGAAAU